UUGACGAGAUUUCUGCAAGGCGACUGGGAAGUGGAACGGACCGAAUGAACGGUCGAGAUGGACUAUCUGGUCGCAGUGCCCACAGCACAAACUCUUCGAAGUUCACUACUUUUCAAAUCCUUCCACCCGCCUUUGAGAUCUCCGCUCUCUCCCACCAAACCCCAACGGAAAAUCCAACGCCUCUCUCACUCUCUCUCUCUAUUUAUCUCUCUUUCUUCUUCUUCUCUGUGAUGAUGGAAGCUACGGCAAUGGCGAAAUCCAUCGUCUCCCAUCCUCUCCCUUCUCACAGACACCAUCCCUGCCUUUCCUCUUCCUUCUCUUCUCAUUUCCCUUCAUCGAGAUUCUCACAAUCUCCGUUCUCUCUUCCUAACCCUAUCUCUCUCCGCCUAUCUGUCGGAUCCAAGAAAAGGCGUAGCUUCCUCGCGAGCUCCUCCUCAGAUAGCGCCGGCGAAGAACUUCCGACUGAAAAAAAAUAUCCAGCGUUUCCAACCGUGCUUGACAUCAACCAGAUUAGCGACAUCUUGCCUCAUCGGUUUCCGUUUCUGCUUGUGGAUAGGAUUGUUGAAUACAAUCCAGGUGUUUCAGCAGUUGGUAUCAAGAAUGUGACAAUUAACGAUAACUUCUUCCCAGGGCACUUCCCCGAGCGGCCAAUCAUGCCUGGAGUUCUCAUGGUUGAGGCCAUGGCCCAGGUUGGGGGCAUAGUGAUGUUGCAACCGGAAGUGGGGGGCUCUCGCGAGAACUUCUUCUUUGCAGGGAUCGACAAAGUGAGGUUUCGGAAACCUGUGAUCGCGGGAGACACCUUAGUUAUGAGGAUGACACUGGUGAAGUUGCAGAAACGCUUUGGGAUAGCAAAGAUGGAAGGGAAGGCAUACGUUGGGGGCGAGGUGGUAUGCGAGGGUGAGUUCUUGAUGGCUACUGGCAGCAGCGAAUGAUGUGCAUGGCUGUCGCAUUAUCAUUAGGUAUCAACAUUGCCUGCAUUUCGUUUAUGUUUCAUUUAAUCCAAUUCUGUGUAAUUAUCGAUGUUAGGAGCACGAGUGUCACUGACGGAUUUCAUGCAAGAGCUUGCAUUUUAGUUGCUGAAAAUAAAUGAGUUGUUUCCUCCCUUUUGGUU